AGGAAGGGAAAGUGAAAUUCGGUUGCAGAAGGAAAGAAUGUCAGAUCCGUACGGGAGAGUGAAGGGAGGGAGGCUGAGCUUCAAAGACGGAAGUCUCGCCACUCGCAAAUCCAUCGAGAAGAAGAAAAAGAAGAAGAAGCACAAGAAAGAUGAUGAAUCUCAGCCGUCCACCGCCGUCGAUGGGUCUGAUAACACAAACAACGAGGCAGGACAAACCUACACUAUCGACGCUGCUAAAAACAUGAAGUACGACGAGCUCUUCCCCGUCGAGACCAAAAAGUUCGGUUACGAUCCUAAAGCCAACGUUAAAACCGUCGAAGACGCUCUCGAUGAUCGCGUCAAGAAGAAGGCUGAUCGUUACUGUAAAUGAAACGAAACGAAACUCGCUCUCUGAGCAUCCAUCCCUAGGAGGAAACAGUCUGUUGGAAUUAUGGAAGUACUUGAUUCUAUUACUUUCAUUUUCUUUUACCCGUAAUUACUUUGUCUUCGAUAUGGGUAUUUUACCAAUUUGUCAAAUCUUGAACAUGGUUUUCUUUAGGCUGCUAUUUGGAUAUCUUUGUGAUGGCUGAUGUCGUACUUUAAUGGUUGUUAUGUUGUAUCUUGGCCAUCGAAAUCAAUUUUAGAAGUAUACACAUUAAGUAGGAUUAUGUUGGGCUUGAUAGGUUGCUUAUAUUUGGAUUAUACUUAAUAAAAAAUCCUUGAAA